ACGUUGAACAGCGCGUGCUCGGCGGGGCUGGUUGUCACGCGCAUCAGUGGCGACGUGGAACCAGUUCAAACUGUCACUGUGAAACUCAAUUUACUGGAUAUUUACUUCACUGAUUACUAUUUAUUUACUCUAAUUUACCUGGACACACGUAGGCGACUGUCACACGUAUUCUUAGUGACUUCUCUGAGCAGCUGUUACGUCUGACAUUCGUCAGGGUUUUGAUUGGCAGGAGAUGAGGCUGUGAGGAAGUCUCUGGCGAUGGGUGCCAACACCAGUCAUGUGAGCGACCUAUCAGAGAGUCCGAGCAUCUGCACUCUCAUUGGUCCAGAUGCCGUCUCUGAGAAUGAUCCCUUCUGGAACCAGCUGAUCUCCUUCACCUUCACCAGCCCCACCAGCAGUGCUGAUGAUAAACUCCUGGAGGAAGCUGUUGUUCCUCUGGCCAAGACUCUCAUUCAGAACAACCCAAGGUCAGGUAACUUUGGGGCGUUGGUGAGAGUUUUUCUCAGCAGAACCAAAGAACUGAAGAUUUCCACAGAAUGCCAAGAUCAGUUGUUUAUCUGGCAGGCCCAUAAUGCUUUGUUCUUGGUGCGCUGUCUACUGAAGGUUCUCAUCAGAGAAAUGAAUGAGGAAGAGCUGCACUUGCAGUUCACCUACCAGGAGAGGGCGCCAGGCACCUACGAGUCCAGCUGUGAAGAUCUUUUGGAGGAGUUGGUCUGUCAUUUGGUGCAUCUCAUCGUUGAAGUGCCCCUUUUGGACAUCACCUACAACAUCCUGUUUGAAGCAGUGACCACACUCCUGGUGCUGUUGUCCUAUCAGCUGUUCCACAAGGAGAUUCUGAGAGAUGGGCUUAUUUACAGCUACCUGACCAGAGGACGAUGUCUGUCUCUGACGAGUCGUCUGGUGAAGACUCUUCUGUAUAACUUCAUCAGACAGGAGAAAUGUCCUCCUGCUACACAUGUGUUCCAGACGGAGUCAGAUGGCGGAGGACUUCUGUACGGACUCGCAUCAGGAGUUGCAAGUGGAUUAUGGAGUGUGUUCACAUUGGGUGGAGUUGGCAGCAGACCAGUGGCAGAGCAAGAGCAGAAUCCUCUCCCGCUGUCCAGUCAGAGUCUGUUAUUACUGUUGGUUCUGGCCAAUCUGACAGACGGACUGGACUGUCCAAACCCGUACCGCCAGGCGGUUACCAGCUUCAAAAACACACAAGAUUCGUCAUCUAUUCCGUCUCCUCAGCCGCACACGUUUCAGAUCAACUUUAACAGUCUGUACACGGCGCUGUGUGAACAGCAGAAAUCAGAUCAGGUGACGUUAAUGCUGUACACACUCCUGCACCAGAACACCAACAUGAGGACAUACAUACUGUCCCGGACAGACACUGAGAACCUGGUUUUGCCAAUUCUGGAGAUCUUGUAUCAUGUAGAGGAGAGGAACUCACAUCAUGUGUACAUGGCCCUCAUCAUCCUCCUCAUCCUCACAGAAGACGACUCAUUCAACCGCUCCAUACAUGAAGUGAUGCUGAAGAACAUCUCAUGGUACACCGAACGUGUUCUAACAGAGAUUUCUCUGGGCAGUCUGUUGAUCCUGGUUGUGAUUCGAACCAUCCAGUUUAACAUGACGAGGACCAGGGAUAAAUACCUCCACACAAACUGCCUGGCGGCCCUUGCCAACAUGUCAUCCCAGUUUCGCAACCUACAUCAGUAUGCUGCUCAGCGAAUUAUCAGCUUGUUUGCUCUGCUGUCAAAGAAGCACAAUAAGGUCUUGGAGCAGGCGACGCAGUCCUUGCAUGGGGCCGUGGGAGCAGAUGAUGGGACCGUCCUGCCCGACUAUGCUCAGGAUCUUAACGUAAUUGAGGAGGUGAUCAGAAUGAUGCUGGAGAUCAUUAACUCGUGUUUGAGUAACUCGCUUCAUCACAACCCAAACCUGCUGUACGCUCUGCUGUAUAAACGAGAGCUCUUCGAGCAGUUCCGAUCGCACCCUUCAUUCCAGGACAUCAUGCAGAACCUCGACACGGUGAUCGGCUUCUUCAGUCAGCGACUAGAGCAGGCAGGAAGUGACCUAUCAGUGGAGAGAGUUCAAGAGGUCAUCAUGAAAGGUGCUGUGGCCCUCCCGAAAGACCGCCUUAAGAAAUUCCCAGAGCUGAAGUUUAAAUACGUUGAGGAAGAGCAGCCGGAGGAUUUCUUCAUCCCGUACGUCUGGUCUCUGGUUUUCAACUCUGGCGUCGGACUUCACUGGAACUCUCAGGGCAUCGAGCUGUUCAACAUGGACUCACCCUAGAUUCUGUUUGUACCGCGUGUAAGGACGAUUCGAAGAGGACGAUCCGCCACGAAUGAACUUCAGGUGUCUUAAGCGUGCGUCUGAGCAUGUGUCAGAUGCUGAAGUGCCUCCAAACGUUUCGGAUCCUCAUGCAUCAUCAUAUGAGACUCCCGGGCAUCGGUUGUCGUUCCGACGUUUCAAAGGGCACAUCUAGAAACCGCCUCUGCUCAGCUAACACGCAUGGUCGCCCCAAUCGCUGCACUGAAUUCUAGGAACGUACAAAUUGAGCUUUUGUUCACGGAUUUAAUGUUUGUUUGGGUUUAUUGUUGGUGAUGGGGUCAUGGAGCACUUCUAAGGUCGGGGAAAGUAAUGAGUAAAUCCAAAACGCAGACAUUUAAACUGUGAUUUAACGUUAAUCAUUUUUGGAUUCUUAUGUUUCUAUUAAAGAAAGUACAUUUUUAUGUGCAUAUCAGUCAACUAUAUAGUGAUACAGUAUGUUAUAAAUACAUAUUUUUUGGGUUGUUUUAUAGGACGCUUUGCUAUUUUUAAUUAUUUUAUUUAUUAUCACAAUAUUUCGUUUGUUGACCCCAAAUUUGACCCGUAUAUAUCCUUCACACGAGCAUCACCACAAAGAAAAACCAAAACCAUUACUUGCAUUUGCUGUUUAUAUUUCCCAGUUUGGAAUCAAAUAUUCAGAUUAGGUGGUUUUCUAAUUUAUAUGAAUAAUAAUACAUAUUUAGAGAAAAUAAGCCGCUUUGAUGUGUAAGUCUAAUGUAUGAUUAAUGUAUAUUAUCAAUUGGGAGAAUUGCAUGUACAUUAUUGUAUAGAGAAAUGCAAACAGGCGCAUUACAAUAUAUUCCAUUAUUAAAGACUACCAUUUGUUUUCAGCCAUUUAUAAGUACAGAAAUAAUACCCGUGUUACAACGUGUUGCGUGUAUAAUUAAUUACUAAAUGCCCGUUACUUUAGAUGAUUUUAUGUCCCUGUUACACGGCAAACGGUUUGUUGCAGUGAUUGUUUUUAACACUUUACAAUAAGGUUGUGUUUAUUAACACAUGUUAAUGCUUAAGUAAUCAUGAACUAACAAUGAAUCAUAUUUUUACAGCAUUUAUUCAUCUUGGUUCAUUGAUAAUUUGCAAUUAAUUAUGUUAAAAAUGUAAUAUAAUCACAUGUUUAUUAAUACAAAUGUUAGUUUAAGAAAAUGCAUGUGUUGCAUCAUAAUGCAUGAACUCAUCGGAACAUGCACAAUGCUACAUUUAAAAUAAAAAACAUGGCGUAGGAUGUUUAAAUUAAUUUUAUCAAGAUGAAUAAAUCCCUGUAAAAGUACUGUUCAUGUUAAGUAAAGUGCUUAAUGUUGUUUACAAAUACAUCCGUAUUGUAAAGUGUUACCGUUUUCCUUUUGUGUUUCAUAUUUAGAGUAGUUUGAUGAUAAUUUAACAUUUUUGUUUGAUUUUUUACAUAAACCGAAAUCAUUUUUAUGUAAUAAGAAAUACUAUAUGAACACCGUUAAUUGGUAAAAUGUAUUUUUUUCUCUCUCCGUGCUGUCCGAUUGAACUGCAUCUGAUCUGGGGUCCGAUUCCCAAAUAUUUUCUAAAAAAAAAAAAUAUGAAGAAAUUUAAUUUUUCGAAAGUUUGUACGUGCAAUUCGUUAAGAACAUGCUUGAUAUUUGGGGAAUACAAAAUAGUCUUAACUUUUUUUCUUAAAUUAGAAAAUAUGAAGAAAAUAGUCUCAAAUUUUAUUCUUAAGAAUGUUUCAUAAAUUUGACCCCUGGACUUUUAGGAUGGACUUCAGAUCAACCAGUAAUUCCACACUUGAGGUGAAGAUGCAUUUCUACAAUUACUCUGAAUGAAGAUCUGAAUCUGAAUCUGUUGCUUUGAGGAAAUCUUUAUUUUGCUUCUGUUAGAUUCCCGCUAUAGUGUGAACUUCCACCAAUAAAUACACAAAAUCCCAGCCACAAUUUUGGACAUGCUUGUGAUUCUUUAAAUCUGUAUCUUGAACAAACUUGUUUGCAUGAAUAUUUCUUCAUGAAAUCUAGUAUGACGCAAGAAACAAAUGAAUGAAACUCUUUCUUAAAGUUUUAUUCGUUUGUUCUUUUCUUUCAGCGAGUCUGUUGCUGUUAAAAUGAGCCAUUUAACCUGUUGAUAUGCAGUCGCCAAAUAAAUGUAAU